AUGAUGGAUGCACUUGCGCAAAGACGUUUGGCAUUAGAGCAUCUUGAGUUGAAAGGCGGUGCUAUGGGUCUACCAGAUGAAUGUCUUGUUCUCUUUGAUGCUCAUCCUGGCAAUAAACGUUUAGUGAUUGCGGCUGAAAUCAUUUCCAAUCAUGAUAUCAUUGCUAUUUUAUCCAUGCCAAAUUUGCAAUACCUUGACCUCUUAACCCUCAUGGAUGAUCGUACAUUGGAAACCUUAAAAAACAACAUUCCUCGCGUUAAAUACAAGCCAUUAUCCGCUUUGGAUCGCCUAGCAUCCUCUUUACUCUGA